ACUUCUACCUGGGCUUCCUCUUCUUUCUCUCUCUCUGUAACUCUAACAACCUUCAGUGUUGCAAUGGAGGAAGUAGAGCUCUUCUCAAUGAGGUCUCCCUACGAGAAGCCGCAGGAGAAUUCAGACCCAAAACUGAGCUCUGAAACCAAACCGAAAGUUUCAUUCUUGGGUCUCUUCGCUCUCGCAGAUACCACCGACUAUUUGUUGAUGUUCUUCGGAAGUGUUGGAGCAUGUAUCCAUGGUGCUGCACUUCCUAUCUUCUUUGUUCUCUUCGGUCGUCUCAUCCACUCUUUGGGCUCCCUUACAGUAAAUCCUCAUAGAUUCUCUUCUGAGGUUUCGCAGCACGCUCUGCAGUUGGUUUAUUUAGGAUUUGUAGUCCUGGUUUCGGCAUGGAUGGGAGUCGCAUUUUGGAUGCAAACUGGGGAGAGACAGACAGCCCGUCUGAGAUUGAAGUAUCUUCAAUCAGUCUUGAGACGAGAUAUUAACUUUUUUGACACAGAAGCUAGGGAUGCAAAUAUCCUUUACCGUAUCUCAAGUGAUGUAAUACUGGUGCAGGAUGCAAUAGGUGAUAAGAUAUGCCAUAGCUUGCGCUACGUCGCCCAAUUUGUUGUUGGAUUUGUCGUAGGGUUUACAUCAGUUUGGCAGAUUUCUCUUCUUACCCUUGCUGUCGUUCCCUUGAUAGCAGUCGCAGGUGGAGCAUAUACAAUAAUUAUGUCUACCAUUUCAAAAAAGAGUGAGGAAGCUUAUGCUAAAGCAGGGAAGAUUGCAGAAGAGGUAAUUUCACAGAUCCGUACUGUGUACUCAUUUGUGGGGGAGGAUAAAGCAAUCGAAACAUACUCCAGUUCACUUAGCAAUGCUCUCAAAUUGGGGAACAAGAGUGGAAUUGCAAAAGGAUUUGGCGUUGGUUUUACAUAUGGCCUGUUAUUUUGUGCUUGGGCAUUACUUCUCUGGUAUGCUAGCAUCCUCGUCCGGCACCGAGAUACCAAUGGUGGUAAAGCAUUUACAACAAUUAUCAAUGUUAUCUUCAGUGGAUUUGCUCUAGGCCAGGCUGCUCCAAACCUUGGUGCUAUUGCAAAAGGACGGGCCGCUGCAAGCAAUAUAAUGAGUAUGAUUAAAAGAGAUAUUAGUUCUUCUAAAGGUUUCGAUGAUGGAAUAAUUUUAUCAGAAAUAUCCGGGCAAAUUGAUUUCUGUGAGGUCUCAUUUGCCUACCCUUCACGACCAAAUAUGGUCUUUGAAGCUCUGAGCUUUUCCUUUAGUGCUGGGAAGACAUUCGCAAUAGUUGGUCAAAGUGGGUCAGGAAAGAGCACCAUUAUAUCAAUGAUAGAACGAUUCUAUGAACCCACGUCAGGGAAAAUAUUGCUGGAUGGGCAUGACCUGAAGAGUCUCCAACUAAAGUGGCUGCGGAAACAGAUGGGACUGGUUAGCCAGGAACCAGCACUAUUUGCAACAACAAUAGGUGGGAACAUUCUAUAUGGUAGAGAAGAUGCAAACAUGGAGCAGAUCAUAGAAGCUGCCAAGGCCGCAAAUGCCCAUUCUUUUAUACAGGAACUACCUGAUGGUUAUCAGACGCAGGUGGGAGAGGGGGGAAUUCAGCUAUCUGGUGGACAGAAACAAAGAAUCGCCAUUGCAAGAGCAGUAGUGAGAAACCCAAAGAUUCUACUUCUGGAUGAAGCUACAAGUGCUCUUGAUUCAGAAUCGGAGUUCAUUGUACAACAGGCACUUGAUAGGAUUAUGUCAGAUCGCACAACAAUUAUUGUUGCACAUAGAUUGUCCACGAUUCGAGAUGUUAAUACAAUUAUUGUCAUGAAGAAUGGACAGGUUGUUGAAAGUGGUUCACAUUUAGAAUUGAUGUCGAAGGGUGGAGAUGGAGAGUAUGCCAAUCUUGUGAGCCUGCAGAUGUCAGAAAGCGUCAAAUAUCCAAACCAGGAAAGUUCUAUUAAACCUCCCAAAACUUCAACAUAUUUAGAAGUUCCCACCCUUCAGAAUCAUGAUCAAAACAUUAAAUCAAUUGACAGAGGUGAUCUAAAUACAGAAAAAGAACCCUCAGGCCAACCUAUCCUUGUCACAACACCGUCACUUUGGAAACUAGUUAGAUUGAAUGCUCCUGAGUGGCCAUUUGCAAUACUGGGUUCAGUGGGUGCCAUUCUGGCCGGCAUGGAAGCUCCUCUGUUUGCUCUUGGAGUCACACAUGUAUUGGGUGCAUUUUAUUCUCAUGAUGACUUACAAAUCAAGCAUGAGGUCCAGCAAGUUGCUCUCGCAUUUGUUGGAGUAGCUGCUCUUACAGUUCCUAUAUAUCUGCUGCAACACUACUACUAUACUUUGAUGGGAGAGCAGUUAACUUCUCGGGUUCGGCUCUUAAUGUUUACAGCUAUCCUUACAAAUGAGAUUGGCUGGUUUGAUUUGGACGAAAACAGCACUGGUUCCCUGGCCUCAAAUUUGGCAGCAGAUGCGACUUUAGUAAGAGGUGCACUUGCUGACCGCCUCUCAACCAUCAUCCAGAAUGUGGCACUCACUGUGACAGCAUUUACUAUUGCAUUUGUGUUCAGUUGGCGGAUGGCAUCUGUUAUCAUCGCUACCUUCCCUUUACUAAUUGGAGCCUCCAUAGCUGAGCAACUAUUUCUAAAGGGAUUUGGAGGCAAUUAUGCGCAUGCAUACUCCAAAGCAUCUGCUGUGGCCAGUGAAGCAAUCACCAACAUCCGUACUGUGGCUGCGCUUGGUGCUGAGGACCGGAUCUUAGCCCGCUUCGCCCAUGAACUACACCAACCAAACAAGCAAGCCCUUUUACGUGGGCAUAUCUCCGGCAUGGGUUAUGGUGUGUCACAAUUCUUUGCAUUCUGUUCAUAUGCACUCGGCCUUUGGUAUGCAUCGAUUCUCAUCAAGCACAGAGAUUCAAAUUUUGGAGAUAUCAUCAAGUCCUUUAUGGUGUUGAUAGUCACUGCUUUGGCGGUGGCAGAGACACUUGCCCUUACACCUGACAUUGUAAAGGGAUCGCAGGCGCUUGGGUCGGUCUUUGGUAUUCUGGAAAGAAGAACAGCCAUAGACCCUAACAACCCAGCAUCAGAAGUGGUAAUGCAAAUCAAUGGACACAUAGAAUUCAGGAAUGUUAGCUUCAGGUACCCCACAAGGCCUGAUGUUGUCAUCUUUGAGAACUUGAAUUUACAAGUGCUUACAGGGAGCAGUCUUGCAAUUGUGGGACAAAGUGGAUCAGGGAAGAGCUCUGUGAUUGCACUUAUAUUGAGGUUCUAUGACCCCAGUUCAGGGGCAAUUCUAAUAGAUGGGCGUGAUAUUAGGAAUCUAAACUUGAGAUCAUUCAGGCUAAAGAUAGGUUUAGUUCAACAGGAGCCAGCAUUGUUCUCUACUACAAUCUAUGAGAACAUUAGGUAUGGAAAGGAUGAUGCAUCUGAAAUCGACAUAAUGAAGGCAGCCAGAGCAGCAAAUGCACAUGGGUUCAUAAGUAGAAUGCCUGAUGGGUACCAGACCCAGGUGGGGCAGCGUGGAAUACAGCUAUCAGGAGGACAGAAACAGAGAGUGGCAAUUGCAAGAGCAAUAUUAAAAGAUCCUGCAAUUCUCCUUUUGGAUGAGGCCACUAGUGCGUUGGAUACGGCCUCAGAGAGGCUUGUUCAAGAGGCUCUUGAUAAUUUAAUGAAUGGUCGGACUACAGUUGUGGUGGCACACAGGUUAUCGACUAUCCGUGAUGCAGACAGUAUUGCUGUGCUUCAACAUGGGAGGGUGGUUGAGUCUGGAAGUCAUGAGGAGCUCAUUGGUAGACCAAGUAGUAUGUAUAGGCAACUAAUUAAUCUUCAACAAGAAACCAGAGCUGAAGAUCUUGGUUGAUUGGUAGUUUAUAACAGAGAAAUGAAGAAAAUAAAGAUUUGAGGCUGUGAUGGGUCUAGCAUAAUGCAAAUAAGAAAUGAAAAAAAAAAAUUUACUCUCACCUUCUUCCACAUAUGUCCAAUUUGAAGAUAGCUACUGGGUAUAUGUUACUUUAUUACCAAGAUACAUCUUGCACCUAUGUAAGUUAAUGAAUUGCCUACUUCGAAACAUCAAAUCAAAACGAUGAGAAAAUUCCCCU